AAUUUAUUGACUGUGCUUACGCGCAUGCGUCUGUCAGUAAACAGCCCAUACUUGCAAUUUAAAUGUACUUGUGCAUUAAUACCGUAAAUAGCAGCAAAUUAAAUUUAACAAAAUGAAGGAUUUUGAGUUAAUAGCACAGGGUGCUGAAGCUCGUGUGUACAAAGGUGUUUACUUAGGAAAACCAACAUUAAUAAAAGAAAGAUUUGCAAAGAAGUAUCGACAUGCUGAUUUAGAUACUCGCCUUACAAAAGACCGAAUAAAAGCCGAAUGUCGCGCUAUAGUUAGAGCGAAAGCGGCGGGAGUAGCAACACCAGCCAUAUACUUAGUAAAUUUAGACAGACGGUGUAUUUAUAUGGAAUAUGUAGAGAAUGCAAUAGUAUUAAAAGAUUUUAUUGAUAAAAAUAUUUCAAAGAAGUCAAAUGUUGAUCAUUUAAUAAAUUUUAUAACACAAGGAAUUGGAAUGAUUAUUGCACAACUGCAUUCAAAAAAUAUAAUUCAUGGAGACUUAACUACUUCAAAUAUACUUGUAAAAGACGUUGAAAAUAUAAGCAUAGAAAACUGUAAUGCUGUAAAUAAUUUUGUUAUGAUAGAUUUUGGAUUAGCUCAUGUAGACUCAAGCAUAGAAGAUAAAGCAGUUGACUUAUAUGUUCUUGAACGGUCAUUACUUAGUGCACAUUCAGAAUUACCUCAAUUAUUUACAAAAAUAUUUAGCAUUUAUCAAAAGUAUUAUGCAAAUAAAAAUCAGUGUAAAGAAAUUAUUUCUAAAUAUAAUGAAGUGCAGGCUCGAGGACGGAAACGAUUAAUGAUUGGAUAACUUCAAUCUAUUUUAUACUUUAUUGAACACAUCUCUUUAAUUACUUUUAGUAAUUUAUAUAUGCAAAUAUUUGAAUAAAUCAA